CUCCCCUCAGUCCCGUUCGCCUCGUUAUCAGCCUCUCAGACUCGCCAAAGAAUAAAUUGGCAUACACACAUUCUCAGGUCUCAGUCUUCGGCCAAAUCGAGCUCACGUCUGGCUCGGCAUAUCCUUGUUUUAAGCCGCUGCUGCCGAAUUCUCGAAAGCGUGCUGCAAAGUUGAGGCUCACGCCGAAGAUCCGAGUGCUGCCUGACGAGCCAAUUGAUACAGUAAUAUCAGGGGUAGACAACUUGGCAGCUGCAAGUUGAAGAAGGUGGAUUAUGAGGCUGCUGCAGUGCGAGUAAGCCUGCUGUCUCACUUGAUGCCUUUGGCUCGGACGAGGAUUGUGAGUUUCUAGCGGCGAGUUCUAGCCGGCUGUAGCUCAUCGUCGUGAGUUUCGAGCAUCUCUGCUGGUUGAUAAGCAGCUUAUUACGCUGCCGGUGCUGUUACUGCUCGCGGUCUCUUCAUAUCGAUAUCGAUCCUUGGAUGGUCCGGGAUUCAGAACAGUGCUGCUGAAUAUUAGUCGCGGCGAGGCUCUGCCUGAAUUGUGACCGAUUGCUCUCGCCAAGUCGCUCUGCGGGGGAGCUCGAGGGCGAGGGACUAUCUAUCCACCAUCCCAUGAAUGAACAUCAUUCAUAAACCAUCGCAACAGAAAGCGAAUCUGUUGACCGUGUCCGAUGCAUAUGGGGUUGCAAUUUGUGCUGAUCCACGGGGCCUGGCAUCACGGAGGGCACUGGAAAGAAGUAAUACGAGAAUUGGAGCUCGCAGGGCACAAGGCUUAUGCUCCGACGUUGCUGGGCAACGAGCCGGGAGCCGAGCGGAUUAACUACUCGCUCAAGGACAGAAUCCAGCACUUAAGGGACGACAUUGUGAAAAAGAACCUCACUGACUUCGUGCUGGUUGCACACAGUGCCGGAGGCCCCUACGCGCAGGAGCUGGUCCAGCUCGAGCCGCACCGAGUUAGGCAAGUCGUCUUCGUUUCUGCAUUCAUCCUCAAAGAUGGAGAAAACAUCCGCAUGUUCUGCUUGGAUAAUCGCCUAGGAAUCCCCCAACACGAAAGAGUCGACCGCUCUCCCGAGAACUUCCUUUUCCCCAGCAAACUGCCUUUGGAGUGGUGGCAUAAGGCGUUCGCUCACACCGUAGACCCCGAGAUGCGCAAAGCUCUCCAUGCCACCCUCGUUUCCCAGGGAGGGCAGGCAUUUUCGGAGUGUCAUGAUUUGAAAGCUUUUUAUCAGCUCAAAACUCCAAUGACGUACAUUCACAUCACCAACGAUUUCCUGCCGGGGCUUCCCGGAAUGAAAUUUGGCGAAGGCUGGCACCCUGGGUUCUCCAGUAGGCUUGGAACGAAUUUCAGGGUCGUGAAGGUGGAUGGGGACCACGAAGUCAUGCUCACUGCGCCUGCGUCUCUAGCUCAAACUCUAAUCGUGGCCAGCACAGAAUGGCAGCAACCUCAUCCGGUGAUCAAGAAUCCCAAGAUAGUAGACGAGCUCGAGCCUCAGGACAUUUUCGUUAACAAUGUCAUCGGUCCUUGAGCACAUAUCAACCAUUUCAUUUUAUAUGACUCGUCGAGCUGUAAAAGCAGCUUCGCUGGGCUUUUCCAAACUUCGAGUGCCUUCUGAAAGUUUCACCUUUCCGUCCAUCACUGGUGCUGCUUGCUUGCUUGCUUGCGGUGGUGGCACAUCCACACCAGCAAUUGUGUACAUGUGCAGCAAACCCCUCAUGCUCUGAGAAACUGUAACCCGUGUUCAUAAUCAGUCUGUUCAGUCGCGUCGCUCGUCUAGCUGGAAUUCCCCAAAUCAAAAAGCAAACAUGCUGAAAUUGCUGCCGAUUGACUUUCCUGUGAAUGAAAGAAAGCUCAUCGCGACUCGUACGUACAUCGUGCUUUGUUAAUGGAACGUGGCACAUUUUCAUACAAUGGACUCGGUAUUUGCCUCAUAGCACCGCAAACAUAUUCUCUGCGCGCUUUGUGAUACAGGCCUCGAUGCCUAAGAUUCUCGUGCUCUAACUUGGUGAAAAACUCUUCCAAUUUACU